UGGCUGCGCGGAGCCUGGCGGGAACCGCUGUGCGGCAGACGACGAGGGGCUGAGCGGCGGGCGACAUGUUUCGUGUUUCGGAGAGCGAGGGUGGCCAAACCGGCUCCAGGGCCAUGAAGCCCCCUGGAGGAGCCUCGAGCGAUCUUUUCGGAAGUCCAGAAGAAGGUGUUCCUUCAAGCCGACCCAACAGGAUGGCCUCGAAUAUUUUUGGACCAACUGAAGAACCUCAGAACAUUCCUAAGAGAACCAACCCCCCAGGGGGAAAAGGAAGUGGUAUCUUUGAGGAAUCGACACCUGUGCACACUUCACAGCGUCUGAACCCACCUGGUGGGAAGACCAGUAACAUUUUUGGGUCACCAGUGACCGCCACUUUGCCCCUGGCACACCCAAACAAACCCAAGGACCACGUACUCUUGUGUGAGGAAGACCCAAAACUGGACCUUAAAGCCGCAGCGAGCACUGUGCCGAGAGAAGAGCCCGGUGAGAAAGGUGGCUGGAGAGAAGCAGACCCUGCUCAGGAGCCCCAGCCCACACCCUCUGUUGACAGCCAUGAGCCCAGGUUGGGCCCAAGGCCUCGAUCUCACAACAAAGUCCUGAAUCCACCUGGAGGCAAAUCCAGCAUCUCCUUCUACUAGAGAAGCUACUGCUUCCCCUGUAGCCAGAUAAGAAACUCAAAAGAUAGGAUUUCAAAUAGUUUCCUUUAGUCCAAAGGAAUGGGGGGUGGGGAGAGGGUUUGUCGAGUAUCUGAAGGCGCUGCUCAGGUUCCACUGCCACCUGGAGAGCCGCAGAGAACCACGCCUUACAGACUGCCCAGAAACGUCUCUGUGGGGGAAGCGUGACUCGUGGUGAACACUAAUUUUGGAUGUGAGGAACUCUCGGAUGGGCUGGGUGGGGAGCUGGUGCGAGGCCAUGGGACCCAGAUGAAGUGGGAUCUUCCAUGUUCCUGUGGCUUCAGCAGUCGGCCAGCCAGUGCUAUCUAGAAAUCACUUCACAUAGUAACAGAGUUUAAAGCCUCAGAAAUCUAGAAACAACAUUGGGCAUAAAUCAGAAAGUUAUUGUAAGUCUUAUGCUUUAUGGAGAAAUUUUUACCCUGAUCCUUUAUCCUGAUGCGACAGGAAUCUGCCUUUUGCUCAUGAGGGACUGGUCUUGGUCUAUUCACAGACCGGUUUUGCUCGUGAGUUAUUUCUUUUUUCCUCUCAUCCCUGAGUCGUGGCCUUUGCUCUUUACCAGUGGACAGUUCCUCUUAGCUGCAAUGCCCACCGAGUUCUGCAAGACUAAAACUGUCCAGAUACAUCCAGGUAAUUGGGUUAUUUAAAUCCUUCAUGUGUCUUACUUUAUUCCUGUUGACAUUGGGUAGGAGAGAUGCUGGAGAAUCUUGGGUUCUUAGAUUUGAACUCUUUAAUAAUACCUAAGGAGCUAUUCUUAAACAGCAGCUUUACAUAAGUGACUAUUAACUGGUCUAGUCGUGACACCUUUCUAGGAAAAAGUUACUCAGGUAUACCAAAGAAGAAAAGUUUACUUAGGCCACCUUUUAUAAAGCUCCACAGAACCUCUGGACUAUAUUCGUUUCCAGAAGAGACUUGGAAACCUUAGGCCAAGAGAUGUACUAGUUGGGCAGCAGAGCCCCAGCUGGCCAGUUGCUUGGUCGGGCAGAAGUUUCUCGCAUUCAACCUCCUAAGGAUUUAGUUUCCAUUCACUCACACGGGAUCAGUAGUUCACAGGAGGAAGGGUUUGUGUGCUGGUGGCUGUCAUUGUGGGUGCCUGCAGAGCAAAUGCCAGGCGGUAGAAAUGUCUUCAUCUUUCUUAAAAUUGAGGAAAGAAACAUGUGUUGAGUUAUAAUCACGGCGGCUGAGACACUGAGUGCCUGCAGCAGCUGCCUGCCAGACCCCACUUCUCACACCUGGCACAUCGAGGGGAUCCGCGUGUGGGUUUGCCAGCCAAAGAGUUCCCUCCUUUCAGUUCUUGUGCUGACUUUGCAGCCAAGAAAUACUCAUUCUGUGUGACUUUAUCAAGUACUUCCUGUCUUCAUGCUUCAGAUAGUCACUUUUUAAGAAAUUUGUUUGGAACUCAGAGCUUUUUUCCCUACAUUAAAAGAUGUUGUAAGUGGUGGUUAGCUUUUAAGGCCAAAUGCACUAAUUUGUUUAACUUAAAAUGAAAUGUGCUAAUGGUGAAAAUGAGCUGCCAUUUAUAACUACAUUUAUUUUUCAUAUACAAGAAAAUGAUUUGUCACUUCCAAAUUGGGUUGCUAGGAAGAACCUGACGUACUGCUGGCCCUUGUGGCUUCACCCCCACUGUCGGCCGAAUGACUCGAGCUCUGGACUCGGGUGGAGAUGGGGAAGCCCAAGAUGGGAAGAGAGGCCUGGGGGGGGGGGGUGGUGAGGAAAGCAGGAGCCUCUGGGCAGCAGUGACUCCUCCAGCCUUUUCUCCCCAUCUUUACCCCCUUUUCCUCCCCGGGGCCUUAGGAGCGGGUUAGUUUGGUCGCUGGGAGAAUCAGAAGAGGAGUGUCUGCUCCUGUGGGCCCGAUGGGGAUGGUGAUCUGUAUUUGGGAAGUUCUGUAGACUUAGGGCUGUCCGUAUCUGGAAGAUCGAUUAACUGUUAGCGUCCUGUUCUCAACCUCUAAACUGCAUUGAGAAAUCACCAGUCUGUGUUUUUAUUAAGCCUUAAAACUGCAUUUGGUGCCAACCUUUUUCUAGAGCUGUAUCAAAAACAACAAAACUGUACUUACAUGACAAUGUAAUUUUGAUAAGAACAUUUUGUUAUUUUCACAAGGCAGAAUUGGGUACAACAGUUGAAUUAAACUUAGUAAUCAUGUA